AUUGUCUACCUGGUCGACUCGCCGUCUCUUUUGACCCUUUUCGCCACGGCUUGGCUGAUGCCUGUCUACCCGCUCUAUCUUUGCAUCUCUUUCGCCUUCCGCCUGAGCCAUUCUCCUCUGAUUGAGGCCCUGAGGCAAGCGGACAGAGCCUUUGGCAGCUGGGCAAGGGACAUUUUGACUCUGGGCUCGUGGCCGGUUGACACCCAAAUUGACACAAAGCCCACGAGGGCCGACUACUCUGAAAUUACUGAUAGUUCCGACACCUACUUUUUGUGA